AUGUCAUGCACAGAUAGAACCGAAGAUACUUACGAAUCGAUAGAAAGUCACUAUGCUGGUAAAUCGGUUCUCAUUACGGGUGGCACUGGAUUUUUGGGAAAGGUGUUCGUCGAAAAAUUAUUAUACAGCUGUCCAAAGAUAAACACAAUUUUUCUGCUAUUACGAAAGAAAAAUCAAUCGGAAACUUCUGAGAGAAUUAAGCAGCUAUUGGAAUCACCGAUAUUUGAUAGAGUUAGAAAGGAAAGACCGGAAAACUUUGAAAAGGUUGUGCCUUUGUCCGGAGAUAUAACUCUGUCUAACCUUGGUAUAAGCCAAGAAGACGAACAAAUGAUUAUAGAAAAGGUAUCUCACGUAUUUCAUUUUGCAGCAAACGUUAAAUUUAACGAAAGUAUGAAAGUAGCCAUGAACACUAACGUCGAAGGUACAAGAAGACUGCUCAAUUUGUGCCACCGCAUGAAAAAUAUCGAAGUUUUCGUGUACGUAUCUACGGCUUACUCAAACACAGAUAAGCCAGUUCUGGAAGAAAUUGUAUACCCACCCCCUGCUUCUAUUGAUGAAGUAUACGAUAUUCUUGAGCAGGAAGUAUCGGAAGUGUCCCAUGAAGAUAAAUUAAAAAAACUUAUAUGUGGCAGACCAAAUACUUACACCUUUGCUAAAGCACUUGCAGAGAGUCUCGUAAGUCAAGAACAUGGUGAUGUUCCUACGAUAAUCAUCAGACCAUCUAUUGUAUCAGCAAGCAUGCGUGAACCACUAACGGGAUGGCUGGAUAAUUGGUUCGGUGCAACAGCCCUUAUCGCCACCAUUGCUAAGGGUCUUGUUCGUAUUGUACUUAGUAAGAACACUAACAUUUUGGACCUAAUUCCUGUUGACUAUGUAUCCAACCUCACUGUUGCGGCAGCUGCUAAAUGCAAAAGAUCAAGAGAAAUAACUGUCUACAACUGUUGUACUAGUGAUGCAAAUCCAUUCACAGUUGGAUUACUUGGGAAGCUUAUUGCUGAAGACAGCGUGAAACACAAUUUUCAUGAUAUAAUUCGCCCAACAUUGUUUUGCACAAAUUCAGAAUGGUUGCUAAUUUUUUUUACACUGAUCUUGCAAACAAUACCAGCUUUUGUUGCUGAUUGUUGGCUACGUUUAAUGGGUAGACCACCCAGGUUUAUGAAGAUGCAAAGAAAGAUACUACAGACACGUAGUGCUCUACAGUACUUUUCCUCACGUUCCUGGCAAAUGAAGUGCCAACGCACUCGUGAUCUGUUUGCUUCACUGUCGUUUUCAGAUCGCCUCGAGUUUCCUUUUGAUCCAACACAUAUUAAAUGGGAAACGUAUAUGCCAAUCUAUUGUAUGGGCAUCCGAAAGUUUUUAUUCAAAUUAUCCUAA